AUGCAGAUUGAUAAGGCUAGAGAGGAGCUUCAGGAGGUCCAGUACCAGAUGGCUACUACUCAGCACUGUCCUAUAUUACACCAGGCUGAAAUAACAUGUCUUCUUCAACUUCAUAAGAUCUUGCAGGUUGAUGAAUCUAUAUUGAAACAGAAAUCUAGAGUGCAGUGGCUGAAACUGGAGGAUUCAAACUCUCACUUUUUCUUUCGUGCUAUGAAAGAUAGAUAUUUGCAUAAUAAUAUUAUUGAUGUCCUGUAUGCUGAGAAUGGGUGUAAGCUUAUAUCAGAAGCUGACAUCCAACAGGAAGUUUUGAGAUUUUAUUCAGGUUUGCUAGGUACUGCUACUACUCAACUUCCCUCUGUUGAUAUUGCGAUGUUGAGAUCUGGUGUUCAAGUUAGCUCAAAUGAUGCUGAGGCUUUAAUUCAACCUAUUUCUCAUCAAGAAGUUGAAGCUGCUUUAUGGUCAAUUAAUGAAGCUAAGGCCCCUGAUAUUGAUAGGUUCAAUAGUCUCUUCUUCAAAAAAGCCUGA